AAGAUUAUAAGUUACAGCCUCGUCCCUUCGGGAGCUCAAUUGAUGUCACCAUUGUGUAAAACGAACACGCCUUCCGGGUCCCCUAGGUAUAAAAGAGAUGUUGAACUGAGUUUUGGGACCCCCGUUCGAGGACUCCCUUCACUUACCAAGACAAACUCUAACAAUCCAAAUUGAACUACGCUCAUGGUCUUUCUCAACACCAAACUAACCACUGGCAUAUCCUUCAUUGUUGUCUACCUGACGGCAAUAGCUACACCUGUGGUACAAGGUCUCCCAGCCACAGAAGCUCAGACUGACCAUCUAGUUUGUGCGUAUGACGAGGUCAAUCAUUGCUGUGAUACAUAUGCUGAUUUUUUCAGGUGGACUGGACGUUGUAAGGGACUAUAUGAUUUGAAUUAUUCUGACCUCUUUGAAUCUGUAUUUCAUCUCUCCAUCGUCUGCAGGCACCUUACUGUACGUCCUUUGAGUUUCCUGGAUACCAACCUCUCGCUCGUGGCUGAUCUCGUUGAAAUUAUCAAUGCCUAUCAAUAGGCCCUUCAGGAUAUGUCUGCUGUGGACCAUACUUUGAGCCAAUUAAUGGAGGCAACGGGACUGCUUAUGGAAGGU